AUGGCUGCUUCGGCGUAUAGAUCUGCACAUCAAGAUCUCGUGGAGGAAGUCACGAGUGACACAGACUCCUGGAUUCCGGUACAGCCUCACAAGACUGAAAGGCCGAAAAGGAUGAAGCCAGAAUUGAUGUACCAGGAUGACGCCACAUUUGAAAGUGAACCUCUGGUGGACACAACAGCAGCAUUGACGCUCCGUUCGAAGAAAAUAGCUCGUCUACAAAAGAAAUCGCAGAAGAAAGAAGCGAAGCGUGUCCAUUCCGACAUCAAGUCCUUUCUCGAUCUACCUCACGAGCUGUUACAGGAGGUCUUCAGCUUCUUACAGCCUAGCGAUGUCUUCAACCUUAUGCGCGUGAGUCAAGCAACAAACCAAGUCAUCUCCGAGAAUGAGGCCUCGAUUGCCCAGUCCAUCAUCUCUCGUCGAUACUGGAUCUUGAGUCGCUGUUUCCGGCGACCAUUCGAUCUGGCUGAUGUGGCAAAGGACGCCCUUCCAGCUUUACUCAGCCGGCAAUGGCAGGAUCGUCUACGGAUCCACAAGAAUCCUUAUCAGCAUAUCAAGCCGAUCGAUCCAACCAUGGUCUGUACUUGUAUGUCGUGCGUGCUGGCCUGGAACAACCUGAACAUCAUCCUAGAUCUCGGUCACUGGCAGGGCAACCUAGAAAGACGGGAACCAUUGCCGAUUGUGCCACGAGGCAAACGACCCGAGUGGAAUGAAGACCUCCUGAGAAAGCACGCGGAGAUUGUCUCAAAGGCUAUGCGUUCGCCGCUGACCUAUGCUCGAAUCCUCCAGAUUCACCUACAGACCACAAGUCAAACGAUACUUCGCAGUAGUCGAUGGCGGAAGAAAGGCGAAAAGGUCAACCCAAGCAGGCCUCGUCUCUACCAUAUGACAGAUGCUGAGCUCGCAAGCGGCACCGAUGAGUAUCUAGGAAGGAGUGGGCCGCCGAGCUACCAGCCAUUGUUCAUGAGGGACAAUUACUACAGCGUCGAAGCUUUUGUGCCGAACAGAAAAUGGGACAAGGAACAGCAGAGGUGGAUGUACUACUCAAAUUGGCCGCUACCGCAUGAGCAAGAUCUUGCCUGGGUCAUGCAGCGCUUCACACCACAGGCUGCGGCUUGA